AUGGCGAAGACUGCUUAUUAUGCCAUCUUCGAGUCGCACCUCAGGUAUGGGCUUGUGGUUUGGGGAGGAACCUCCAAGGCAAACCUCCAGAGAGUCCUAGUGCUCCAGAAAAGAGCUGUUCGCAUCCUCACUGGUCUGGGACCCAGAGACUCCUGCCGAGAGGCCUUCAAGGAACAGAAAAUCCUCACUACAGAAAGUCAACAACUUUUAAAAGAAAAGAAUGCUUCACUGUAUUUAAGAAGAGUGGAUAGUCAUGUUUCUGAAGAGACGGAACGGUCGAAACAGUGUUUUGAUGAACUAACCUUACCGAAGAUCACAAAAGUGGUGAAUGACGAACUUAUCAGAGCCCACAUGAAGACUGUUGCUGAGAUGAAUGGCUCUGGUAUAGUCUAUAUGAUAGAGCACCAGAGUACUGAUGACCUGUCCUGCAUGUACAAGCUGUAUUCAAGAGUUCCAGAUGGACUUAAGACAAUGUUCAACAUUAUCAGUCAUUAUCUCCGUCAGCAAGGCCAAGUACUGAUCAGGGAUGAAGAAACCAAUAACAAUGCUCUUAUUUAUGUUCAGAAUCUCUUGGAUUUGAAAGAUAAAAUUGAUUUCUUUUUGAUCAAUUCAUUUUCGAAUGACAGGCUGUGCAAACAAACAAUAGCAGCAGAUUUUGAACACAUUUUGAACCUGAACUCGAAAUCUCCUGAAUAUCUUUCACUAUUUAUUGAUGAUAAGUUGAAGAAAACUGUUAAAGUGAUGACUGACAGCGAUAAGGCGAUACUGCUGGAUAAGACAAUGGUUCUCUUCCGUUUCUUACAAGACAAAGAUUUGUUUGAGCAAUACUACAAUAAACAUUUGGCCAAACGUCUUCUUCUCUCCAAAGUAAUUAAUGAAGAAAAUGAGAAGGACGUCAUUGUCAAGUUUAAGGCUGAGUGUGGACUGCAGUACACUCGAAAGAUGGAAGGGAUGUUUCGGGACAUGUGGAUGUCUACCAGUGUUACCAACGCGUUCCAAAAACAUGUCAGAGACUCUGAUGAGCCAGUGCAUGGGGUGGACCUCAGUGUGCAAGUCCUCACCGCAGUUUAUUGGCCUACUCACCAAAUCCUUCUACCUUGUAACGUUCCCAUAGUGCCCCUCACAGCUUUCUCUGCUUUUAAGAAAUUCUACCUGGCUCUGCACUGCGGUCGCAAGCUGACACUGUUACCACAUCUGGGCACAGCUGAGCUGGAGAUGUACUUUGUACGACCUCGCUGUGAGGGCGAGGAGGGGGAGGGGUGGCAGGCGGGCAUCACAGCCUGUGGCGAGAUUCGCUCAUACACACUGCAGGUGUCCACCUACCAGAUGUGCAUCCUCAUGUUGUUCAAUAGCAGACCUCAGUGGAACUACCAGGAAUUGCAAGAAGAGACUAAUAUAUGCCAUAAAGACUUGGUGAGAGCUCUGCAAAUACUGAUCGUGGGGAAGCCAUCUCAGAGAGUUCUCAUAAAACAACCCAACUCUCGAAAGAUAGAUCACGGUGAUUUCUUCCACGUCAACAAGUCGUUUUCUUCAAAAACCAAUAGAGUGAGACUUCCAACCUACUUAAUUAAAUAUGAGUCAGAGUCAGAAAGACAGGACACUAUGAAAAGAAUCAACGAGGACAGAAACUAUGAAAUCGAAGCAGCCAUCAUACGGAUUAUGAAAUCUAGAAGAGUUAUGGAACACGAGAACUUGGUGUUUGAACUCAUAACAAUGUUAACUCCAAGAUUUGUACCAACAAGAGAAAAUAUAAAAACUAGAAUAGAAGUGCUGAUUGAGAGAGAAUACAUCACUAGAAAUUCUGAGGACAGACGAAUUUACGAAUACCUUGCUUGAAAAUCACCAAUACAUCGCACUACAGUGAUAAAAUUAAUGUAAACUCAAGAUUGUCAAUACGUCACACAAAACCGCACAGGAUCUGUGAAUUGUAAAUGUUCAACGAGAUCAAAUGUAAACCAACUCAAAUAAAUGUUUCUGAAUACA